AAGAGAGGGAGGAGGCAAGGUUGAGUUUUGGUUCGCGACUAGGAGCAAGCCGAACCCGAGCCUCAGCCAACCUCCCUGCCUCAGUACGCUACCCAACAGUGAGGCAGGUUGACGUGCCCGUGCAGUGUCCUAUUCGAUCUGUUUUAUUGACUGAAGGAGACCUGGUAUAGCCGCGAGGCAGCGUCAUGAUGGCUGAAACUCAAUCCAAGACACAGACCUCAACGACAACUAUCACGACCACGACGACUCCGACGUACGCUCCUCCACCAAAAUCAGGAAUAUCUCUCUGCUUAGAAUAUUUCAAGACUGGUCCAGGGAUCGUCAAAUUGGUGGAACUGUUCAUUGGCAUUAUCUGCAUGGCCUGCGCCGCACCAGCGUGGACCAAGGGCACUCACUGGUUCUUGUUUGUGGUGGUGACAGCCUUUGUCACAACCUCCGUUUGGUGCUUCAUCUACCUCCUCAACCUUAAAAGUGCCAUCAACCUCCCUAUUGACUGGCUUCUCACG